AUGUGUCGUGAGGUUUGCGUGCUACCAGCCGGUGGUGUUAGCGCAUUGCCAGCCGCCUUUCUCAUCAACCAACUGUUAGAUGUCAUGCAGAAGCAACGAAAGGAUGUCGUUCCGUCAUGCACUAUUCAUCCUAGCGAACAAUUGCUUUACUGCGAAUGUUGUGAUUUGGUAUUUUGCCAACAAUGUCAAUCUACAGUUAUCAACAAGAAAUGCACUCAACAUACUGUGAUACCGUUUUCGAUUGCUCUAAAAAGGAUGUCGGAGAUCGUUGUUUACCGGGCAAAGGGACGCCUUCGCGCUCUUGAUCAAGCUCACGAUUGUGUUAGUCAAGAAAUUGAUCAGUUGGACAAGAAUGUCGAUAAAAUUCUGGAUCAGAUCAAUAGCACAUUUCAGGUUUGUGCAAAUCGUCUUGCAUAA